UAGCGCAGAGUAUGGACAAUAUUGACAAUGUCGACGGGGUGCUGGCGCGACCACAGUUAAGAGCCGGCGCCUCCUCCCAUGCUCUCUCAUCCUCAUUUGAAGUUUGAGCCGAGCUGGCUGAGGGAAGCCUACCUGUGCUGUGAUCUCCAUCUCGGAACCUCCACCUCAUCUAAACAGAACACCGAUGUUUGUCACGAAGGCUUGAAUGCAUCAGUGCCAAGAAUUUGCACUUGGUGGUGGACUACAGCAAAGCAGACACAGUGACCUUUUAGGCGGAUGGAGGUUGGAGCAGUGUGCAGCGACAUGCAGAAGACUCGACGAGGUGACGAUGCAUCCGGAAAAACACGCCCCUCAUCCUGCUCCAGUCUUAAGAUGUUUCUGGUGGCUCUGUCCUUUGCCUAUUUUGCAAAGGCUCUGUCGGGGAGCUACAUGAAGAGCACCAUAACUCAGCUGGAGAGACGCUUUGACAUUCCCAGUUACCUAAUAGGCAUCAUUGACGGAAGCUUUGAGAUAGGUAACCUGUUAGUUAUCGCCUUUGUCAGUUACUUUGGUGCCAAGCUCCAUCGGCCAAAGAUCAUUGCAAUGGGUUGUGUAUUGAUGUCUAUUGGUACCUUCAUCAUCGCCCUACCUCACUUCAUCAUUGGACAUUAUGAAUUUGAAUCAGCGGCUCAGUGGGUUGUGAACUCAAGCCAUACCUCGUCCCCAUGUUCACCGGGCUCAACAGCUGACCUCAACCUAGAUAGUCAAUUACCUGAAGUGCCAGUGACAGAUUGUGAAGGAGACACCAACCUGUCCAUGUGGAUCUAUGUGCUACUGGGAAAUGUCCUCCGUGGGAUUGGAGAGACCCCUGUUCAACCCCUUGGAAUCUCCUACAUUGAUGACUUUGCUAGUGAGGAGAAUGCCGCGUUGUAUGUGGGCUGCGUACAGACCAUCUCUGUGGUGGGGCCUGUCUUCGGCUACCUGUUAGGCUCCUUAUGUGCCAAAAUUUAUGUGGACAUUGGAUUUGUAAAAAUGGAAACCAUCACAAUCACCCCAGCAGAUUCCCGUUGGGUUGGAGCCUGGUGGUUGGGCUACCUCAUAGCUGGUGUCAUCACCUUAAUUUCUGCCAUUCCAUUCUGGUUUCUACCACGUUCGCUGCCGGCUCCGGGCUCACACACUCCAGAAAAGCCGGAGCAGGCAAGUUUUAUUCAAGACUCUACCCCCGUGAAGCACAAGUAUCCAGUGGAAGAGCACACCAGUUUCAUAGAGAUGGCUAAAGACUUUAUUCCAACCCUGCGCACCCUGUUGGCCCACCCUGUUUACCUGAUCUACUUGUGUGUGACAAUCAUCCAGCUCAACUCGCUUAUUGGCAUGGUCACCUACAAACCCAAGUACAUCGAACAGCACUUUAGGCAAUCCGCCUCAAAGGCUAACUUUCUAAUGGGUGUGAUUAAUAUCCCAGCGGUUGCACUUGGGAUUUUUUCUGGUGGCCUCCUAAUGAAGAAGUUGAGGCUGAACAUCAUGGGAGCAGCAAAGUUUGCCUUUGUUACUUCUUUCCUUGGUUAUGUCCUUUCAUUGUUCUUUUUUGCGAUGAGCUGCGACAACGCCAGGAUAGCCGGAGUGACGCUUCCAUACAACGGCAUGGAGGGCAUCUCUUAUGACAAACACUCUGUUUUCACCACCUGCAACUCCAAUUGUUUUUGUUCAGCAAAUAACUGGGACCCAGUCUGUGGACGGAAUGGCAUCACAUAUGUUUCUCCCUGUCUUGCUGGCUGCACCAUCUCCACCGGCUCAGGGAAAAACACAGUCUUCUCGAACUGUAGCUGUAUCGGUGAGGCCGGUAAUUUGACAGCCAAUACAGGUCAGUGCCCCGAUAAGGAAGACUGCGACAGGAUGUUCCCAUUCUUCUUGGCUCUCUCCGUCCUUACUUCCUUCAUCAUCUCUCUGGGAGGAACGCCGGGCUACAUGCUUCUCAUCAGGUGCAUCAAACCCCAGCUGAAAUCUUUUGCCUUGGGAUUCCAUGCUCUAGCAACACAUACGCUUGCUGGAAUCCCAGCCCCCAUUUACUUUGGAGCAAUCAUUGACACCACAUGUCUGAAAUGGGGUCGGAAACGCUGCGGUGGAAGAGGAGCUUGUCGACUCUACAACACGACAAAGUACAGGAUAGCUUACCUGGGUCUCACUCUAAGCCUGCGGACGAUCUCAUUUCUCAUUUGCAUUCCGGGCUUCAUCCUGCUCAGCAGGCAGCUGAAGGAGGAGGAGCACGCCGCCCUUCGUGGAUCUCAAGCCAAUGGCGGAACAGAGCUGGAAGCGCUUAGAAAGGAAGAACUUGGACUCUCAAAUUCCGAGAAAUUGCAAAGAACCUCAGAAAACGGCACAGACCGCGAGACACGACUGUGAUUGACCCCCCCAAGCACCACCAACCUCCUUUUCAUCACACAUAAAUGAACAAACUUAUCUACACACACACA